AUGAUGAACAUGAUGAAUACGAUAAACUUGAUGAUCAUAAGGAACAUAAUGAACAGGGUGAAUGUAAUGAAUAUGCUAACUAUGCUAAGUAUGAUAACCAUGAUAGCUAUGCUAACUAUGCUAACUAUGAUAACUGCGAUAACUGCGAUAACUAUGAUAACUAUGAUAACUAUGAUAACUAUGAUAACUAUGAUAACUAUGAUAACUAUGAUAACUAUGAUAACUACGAUAACUAUGAUAACUGUGAUAACUAUGAUAGCCUUGAUAGCCUUGAUAACCAUGAUAACCAUAAUAACUAUGCUAACUAUGCUAACGAUGAUAACUACGAUAACUAUGAUAACUAUAAUAGCUAUGAUAACCAUUAUAACUAUGCUAACUAUGCUAACUAUGAUAACUACGGUAACUAUGAUAACUAUAAUAGCUAUGAUAACCAUUAUAACUAUGCUAACUAUGCCAACUAUGAUAACUAUGAUAACUAUGCUAACUAUGCUAACUAUGCCAACUAUGAUACCUAUGCUAACUAUGCCAACUAUGAUAACUGUGAUAACUAUGCCAACUAUGACAACCUUGACAACUAUGCUAACUACGAUAACCUUGACAACUAUACUAACUACAACAACUAUGAUAACUAUGAGUUACCAAACUUGA